UCUCCUUAUUGGAGGUUUUCCCUAAUUUGAGAGGCCCUUUAAAAGUGCGAGCGUCCUCCACCCUUCUUUUCAGCAGGGCUGCUCUGAGGAUUGAGCAGGGGAAGGGGCGACCCAGCACCCUCCUGGCUUUGGCUCUUUGGCUCGCCUUCCUCUCCAUCACUGGAAGACAGGGCACACCCUGAGCCAUGAGGCUGCCCCUGCUCCUGACUUUGCUGCUUCUCAUUCCAGUGGCUGUGCAGCUGUUGGAUACUAGGCAGUUUUUAAUAUAUAAUGAAGAUCACAAACGCUGUGUGGAAGCAAUAAGCCCCAGUGCAGUCCAAACAUCAGUUUGCAACCCAGACAAUGAAGCACAGAAAUUCCGAUGGGUGUCAGAAUCCCAGAUUAUGAGCAUUGCCUUUAAAUUAUGCUUGGGGGUGCCAUCAAAAUCGGAUUGGGUUCCUAUCACUCUCUAUGCCUGCGACUCAAAAAGCGAAUUUCAGAAAUGGGAAUGCAAAAAUGACACACUUUUGGGAAUCGAGGGGGAAGAUUUAUUUUUUAACUAUGGCAAUAGACAAGAAAAGAACAUUAUGCUUUACAAAGGAUCUGGUUUAUGGAGCAGAUGGAAGAUCUAUGGGACCACAGAUGAUUUAUGUUCUAGAGGUUAUGAAGUCAUGUACACACUACUGGGCAAUGCAAAUGGAGCAGCCUGUGUAUUUCCAUUCAAGUUUAAAGACAAGUGGUAUGCGGAUUGCACAAAAGAUGGCUCAUCGGAUGGAUGGUUCUGGUGUGGAACCACUGCAGAUUUUGACACAGAUAAGCUAUUUGGAUAUUGCCCAUUGAAAUUCGAAGGCAGUGAAAACUUAUGGAACAAAGAUCCACUGACUGGUGUUUCCUACCAGAUAAACUCCAAAUCUGCUUUAACUUGGCACCAAGCAUGGAAGAGCUGCCAGCAACAGGGUGCCGAACUCUUGAGCAUCACAGAAAUACAUGAGCAAACAUACAUGACAGGAUUAACCAGUUCCUUGACUUCAGGACUCUGGAUUGGACUUAACAGUCUGGGUUCAAACAGUGGAUGGCAAUGGAGUGGUGGCAGUCCAUUCCGCUAUUUAAACUGGUUACCAGGAAGUCCAUCAGCAGAACCUGGACAAAGCUGUGUGUCACUGAAUCCAGGGAAGAAUGCCAAGUGGGAAAACCUGAACUGUGCUCAGAAACUAGGCUACAUCUGUAAAAAGGGCAACACAACUUUGAAUCCUUUUGUUAUUCCCUUGGAAAGUGAUGUGCCUACUAACUGUCCCCCUCAGUGGUGGCCAUACACAGGUAACUGUUACAAGAUUCACAGAGAGGAGAAGAAAAUCCAAAGAGAUGCCUUGACCGCAUGUAGGAAGGAAGGUGGUGAUCUGGCAAGCAUCCAUACCAUCGAGGAAUUUGACUUCAUUAUCUCCCAGCUGGGUUACGAGCCAAAUGAUGAGUUAUGGAUUGGCUUAAAUGACCUCAAGAUUCAAAUGUAUUUUGAAUGGAGUGAUGGGACCCCAGUGACAUUUACCAAAUGGCUUCGUGGAGAACCAAGCCAUGAAAACAAUAGGCAGGAAGACUGUGUUGUGAUGAAAGGCAAGGACGGGUACUGGGCAGACCGGGCCUGCGAGCGGUCGCUGGGCUACAUCUGUAAGAUGAAAUCACAAGCCCACGGGCCAGGAAUAGUGGAAGUAGAACCAGGCUGCCGGAAAGGCUGGAAAAGACACGGCUUCUACUGCUAUAUGAUUGGACACACACUUUCAACAUUUUCAGAAGCAAACCAAACCUGUGUGAAAGAGAAUGCUUACCUAACAACUGUUGAAGACAGAUAUGAGCAAGCCUUCCUCACUAGUUGGGUUGGAUUGAGGCCUGAGAAAUACUUUUGGACAGGCCUUUCCGAUGUCCGGAACAAAGGGACCUUCCAGUGGACCAUCGAGGAGGAGGUUCAGUACACUCACUGGAACUUCGAAAUGCCAGGGAGAAAAGCUGGGUGUGUUGCCAUGAAAACUGGGACCGCAGGGGGCCUGUGGGAUGUUUUGAGUUGUGAAGAAAAGGCAAAAUUUGUGUGCAAACACUGGGCAGAGGGAGUGACUCGUCCACCGGAGCCCACAACAACACCCGAACCCAAAUGUCCAGAGGAUUGGGGCACCACCAGUAAAACAAGCUUGUGUUUCAAGCUGUUUACAAAAGGAUUACAUGAGAAGAAAACAUGGUUUGACUCUCGAGAUUUCUGUAGAGCUCUGGGUGGAGAUCUAGCGAGUAUCAAUAAUAAAGAGGAACAGCAAGCAAUAUGGCGAUUAAUAACGGCUAGUGGAAACUACCACGAGCUGUUUUGGUUGGGGCUGACAUAUGAAAGUUCUUCAGAGGGCUUUACUUGGAGUGAUGGUUCUCCUGUUUCCUAUGAAAAUUGGUCUUACGGAGAACCUAAUAAUUAUGGAAAUUCUGAAUACUGUGGAGAGCUGAAAGGUGACCCUAGUAUGUCCUGGAAUGAUAUUAACUGUGAACAUCUUAAGAACUGGAUUUGCCAGAUACGUAAAGGCCAAACACCAAAACCUGAGCCAACACCAACUCCUGAAGACAAUCCACCGGUCACUGAAGAUGGGUGGGUUAUCUACAAAGACUACCAGUAUUAUUUUAGUAAAGAGUCGGAAACAAUGGACAAUGCACGAGAAUUUUGCAAGAGGAAUUUUGGUGAUCUUGUUUCCAUUCAAAGUGAAAGUGAAAAGAAGUUUCUAUGGAAAUAUGUAAACAGGAUGGAUGCACAGCCAGCUUAUUUUAUUGGUUUAUUGAUCAGCUUGGAUAAAAAGUUUUCUUGGAUGGAUGAAAGCAAGGUGAAUUUUGUGGCUUGGGCCCCAGGUGAACCCAAUUUUGCAAAUGACGAUGAAAACUGUGUAGUCAUGUAUGCAAAUUCAGGGCUUUGGAAUGACAUUAAUUGUGGUUAUCCAAAUCCCUUCAUCUGCCAGCGACAUAACAGCAGCAUCAAUGCCACAGCUGUUCCUACCACGCCCCCGGCCCCAGGAGGUUGUAAGGAAGGUUGGAGUUUCUACAACAACAAGUGUCUCAAAAUCUUUGGAUUUGUUGAACAAGAAAGAAAAACAUGGCAAGAGGCACGAAAAGCUUGCAUAGGAUUUGGAGGGAAUCUGGUAUCCAUACGCAAUGAAAGAGAGCAAGCAUUUCUGACCUAUCAUAUGAAAGAUUCCACUUUUAAUGCCUGGAUUGGGCUGAAUGACGUCAACUCAGAGCAUACUUUCCUUUGGACGGAUGGGCGAGGCGUUCACUACACCAACUGGGGGAAAGGUUACCCCGGCGGAAGAAGGAGCAGUCUUUCAUAUGAAGAUGCUGACUGUGUUGUUAUUAUUGGAACGAAAUCUAAAGAGGCAGGAAAGUGGAUGGACGACACCUGUGACAGUAAGCGAGGCUAUAUAUGCCAGACACUUCCCGACUCUUCCUUGCCUAAUUCUCCAGCAACAGUUCCAACAGAUGGCUUUAUUAAGUAUGGUGAAAGUAGCUAUUCUCUCACGAAGUUAAAGUUACAAUGGCAUGAAGCAGAAAGUUAUUGCAAGCUUCACACGUCUCUUAUGGCUAGCAUUCUAGAUCCCUAUAGUAACGCAUUUGCAUGGAUGCAAAUGCAAGCAUUUAAUGAACCUGUGUGGAUCGGCCUAAACAGUAACUUGACCAAUGGUGAAUACGCUUGGAUUGAUAAAUGGAGAGUGAGAUACACUAAUUGGGCUACUGAUGAGCCCAAACUGAAAACAGCAUGCGUUUAUCUGGAUCCUGAUGGCUACUGGAAGACAGCAAAUUGCAAUGAAAGUUUUUAUUUUCUCUGCAAAAGAUCAAAUGAAAUCCCUGCCACUGAACCUCCGCAACUGCCUGGACGAUGCCCGGAGACAGAGCACUCAGCGUGGAUUCCUUUCCAUGGUCACUGCUACUAUAUCGAGUCUUCGUACACGAGGCACUGGGGCCAAGCGUCUCUGGAAUGUCUUCGAAUGGGUGCUUCUUUAGUUUCUAUUGAAAGUGCUGCUGAAUCAAGUUUUCUGUCAUACCGAGUUGAGCCACUUCAAAGCAAAACCAAUUUUUGGAUAGGAUUGUACAGAAAUGUUGAAGGAAAGUGGCAAUGGAUAAACAAUAACCCACUCUCCUUUGUCAACUGGAUGGCGGGAGAGCCCACUGGUGAACGAAAUGAUUGUGCCUCUUUAGUUGCAUCUUCUGGAUUUUGGAAUAAUAUUCACUGUUCUUCCUACAAAGGAUAUAUUUGUAAAAGACCAAAAAUUAUUGAUCCUGAACCUACCCAUACGUUGAUGACAGAAAAAGCUAACCCAAGGAAGAUGGAGCCGUCUAAGCCGUCCAAGCCGUCUUCCGGGGUAGCAGGAGGAGUCGUCGUGGUGAUCCUCCUGAUUGCCGUGGGCGGUGGCCUCGCGGCGUAUAUGUUUUAUAAGAAGAGACGUGUGCAUUUACCUCAGGAGAGCACUUUUGAAAACACCCUCUAUUUUAAUAGUAGACCGAGCACAGGAACUAGUGACACGAGAGAUCUCGUGAGCAACAUUGAACAGAACGAGCAUGCCGUCAUCUAGAACCACCAUGUGAUUUAGUUAUAUGUGAAUUUCAUAGGAUUAUAACUAAAAUGUUAAGGUCUUUGAUUCAAUCUGAUAAUUUUGUUUAAAAUUAGGACUGUGUUGCACUGGCCUGUCCUUUUUCUUUGCCUAAUUGCAGAAAUAAUUGCUCAUUUUCUAGCCUAGCAAGAUGUUUUCACAAAAGAGAGAUAAGGUUGACUACCACUUUAAAAAAUAUCAGGUGAAUGCAUAGCACAGUAAUGCCAAUAUUUAAGCGUCAUUGGUAUAUAGCUAUUGUCAACUGCAUGUAGAUUAUAAGAAUCCCAGAAACAACGAGGCUUCUUGAAAUAGUUUAAGGAGCUCCCAAAGAAAUGUUACCUAUUUAAUAAUAAUUCAGGAAUUAGAAGACCAUUUUAAAAAUUAAGUACAAAUAACCUCAGGUGGCAUAAAAAUUUAGUCACUUUUUUGUUGUUGCCAAUCUUGAGUUUUCACUCCAAUUAUUUAGAAUUGUAUUUGUACCUGUGCAGGAAGAAUAAGGCAGCUGAGAAUGUUGUUUUCACCAAGCAGGAUUUUGAGGUUGAAUAUUGCAAAGGUGUUCUUAGUCCUGUUAUAUGUAUAUCAGGAAUGCAAACAUGUGAAAUAAGAGUGUAAAUUUGCAUAACUGGAUGUACUUUGAUAAUGUGAAAUAAACAUCAAAGACAAGGUCUAUUUUUAAAA